GUUUUGGAGACCCUUUCAAAAUGGAGUAGUUCACUGAGCAGUAUCUUAAGCCAAGCCAACCUUCGCCAGUUUUUCCUCGUCUUCCCGUCUAUCUAACUUUAAAAGAUUAUUCUACUUUUAAAACUAGUAACACUUACAAAAUGACAGAUGACAAUAAAUCGGGCUCCUUGGGCUUCUUCUCGAGUUACGACGAUUUGAGCGACAGCAGCAGCGACUCGGACGAAGAGGGGGAUACUCGCAAAAAGAAAGCGGGGACUGGAGCUGAGUCGAGCCGUGCACAGUCCUCCGAACAGGCGGCCAAGCGGACGGCCGGUGGAGCUGCUUUGCCGAAGCCCGACGAGCUGUUCAGCUCCGUGUCCAAGCCCGCUUUCCUUUAUAACCCACUGAACAAGGAGAUAGACUGGGACAGCCUGACUGUCAAACCCCCCGAAGAGCCUACUAGAGAAUUUAAGCCAUGGAAGACGAAUGCAGUGCCGCCUCCCGAGAGCUAUGCUGCAGAGCCUGAGAAGAAGAAGGGGCCGCCCCCAGGAAUGGACAUGGCGAUUAAAUGGUCCAAUGUAUACGAGGACAACGGUGACGAUGCACCUCAAGGUUAUUCUGGCAAAGCCCGGUUCUUACCUGCAGAGGAACAGCCCUCUGACUCAGACGAAGAAUCUCAAAAACCUUCAAUGUCUGCCAAGAAGCGGCGAGUGGAGACAUUUCAGCAGAAGGAAAAGAGGAAGAGGGAUUUGGGACAAGCCACUUCUGACAAGAACUUUGUAGAAGAGGAGAAAAGGAUUCUCAGGCAAAAGGCAGAUUGAAGCACAAGCAGUUUAUGGCUUAAUUAUUUUACAUCACCACAGAACAUUCACAGAUGUCAUCAUUUAGGACAAGUAAGCUGUGUCCUCCAAAAAUACUGGUUCAGUUGUAUUUAUCUGAUGUGAUGUGUUAUUUCUGUCUUGGUUUUGUUUUCAAAAGUUUAAUCGGGUUUUGUAUUACUGAGGAGUAUGUAUGAAAAGUUAAAAUAUCCAGGAAAAAUCAGCAAAAUAUAUGUUAAAACUCUAAAACUUUGCAGUUUGUUCCUGAUUUUCAAAACCAAACCAGCUUUCUGCAUCACAGACUAAGUCUCAGGAUAUGGCUUUAUAAAUAUUAAGAGAAGUGAUUGAAGACUUACUUUUACACAUGCAGUUUCUUUCUGAGUUAAUGGGACUUGGCAACAAAGUAGAUGAAUACAUUAUUGCUAAAAGUAGCAGGAAUAAUCCCAAAAAAGAUAGAAUAUUUGAAUUUAAAAGUGUAUUUAAGCUUCAAAACCUGGUUUGUUUUCUUUGCCUUCAGUGUUUAAUGUAACUUAACUGUGAUGUUUGACUGUAGUGGCUUUAUUUGUAUUUAGACAUUUUUAUCAUUUCUUGAAUGUCUUUUCAUUACUGAAUUGUGACUCUUCUUCAAAUACAUGUUUAAAUGGAAAUAAAUUUCUUAAAAUCA